AGAAGAAAGGUGAAAGAGGUGGGGGUGGGGAAGUGAAUUAUAUGACAAAGGAAAACAUUAUCUGGCUGCAAAGAGAACAGCAGAGAGGGCAUCACGGAGAAAAAUAUUCACUGGCCAUGCCCGUGCUCACCACGGAUGCUGAGUCAGAAACAGGUAUCCCAAAAUCCUUUUCUAAUGAGCUUCUUUCAGAAACCAUGGAGGAGAUAGAACACACAUGCCCUCAGCCUCGGUUGACUCUGGCUGCACCUGCUCCAUUUGCAGAUGAAAUAAGCUGUCAGUGCCAAGCCCCACACGAGAAACUAACCAUCUCUCAGGCCCACCUGGGAACACCAGUUGACAGACCAGUUAGAGUGUAUGCAGAUGGAAUAUUUGAUCUCUUCCACUCUGGCCAUGCUAGAGCUCUUAUGCAAGCCAAAACUUUAUUCCCGAAUAGCUACUUAUUAGUAGGAGUUUGCAGUGAUGAUCUAACCCACAAGUUCAAAGGCUUCACUGUAAUGAAUGAAACCGAGCGGUAUGAGGCACUCAGACACUGCCGCUAUGUAGAUGAAGUCAUCAGAGAUGCUCCAUGGACACUCACACCAGAGUUCCUAGAAAAACAUAAGAUUGAUUUUGUAGCCCACGAUGACAUCCCAUACUCCUCUGCUGGCUCUGAUGAUGUGUACAAGCACAUAAAGGAGGCAGGAAUGUUUGUACCAACACAGAGAACCGAAGGUAUCUCAACAUCAGAUAUUAUUACUAGAAUUGUACGAGACUAUGAUGUCUAUGCCCGACGCAACCUCCAAAGAGGAUAUACCGCCAAAGAGCUGAAUGUUAGUUUUAUAAAUGAGAAGAAGUACCGCUUUCAGAACCAGGUAGACAAGAUGAAAGAAAAAGUGAAAAAUGUUGAGGAAAAAUCAAAAGAAUUUGUUAAUAAGGUAGAAGAGAAGAGCCAUGAUCUCAUUCAGAAAUGGGAAGAGAAGUCCCGAGAGUUCAUUGGCAACUUCUUAGAGCUGUUUGGACCCGACGGAGCUUGGAAACAGAUGUUUCAGGAGCGAAGUGGGCGUAUGCUCCAGGCCUUGUCACCGAGGCAGAGCCCCACCAGCAGCCCAACGCGCGGCCGCUCUCCAUCCCGCUCUCCUUCGCCACCAUCGCCCUGGUUGUUCAAUAAAGCCUCACCCCCUACCUCUCCGAAAGCAGCCUCGGCCUCCGUCAGCAGCAUGAGCGAAGGCGAUGAAGAUGAGAAGUAAAGGAAAACUAUUUAAAUUUUUUUAAAAAGACACCAACGCUCAUAUAACCUACCAGUGGCUGGGUGGGGAGGGACCACAUCCAGCUGUUUCUGACAGAAGCAAGUGCACUCUAGGAAAAGGCAUUGCAAGGGAUGAGAUCUCAGCAACAGCUCACCCUGGCCUCAUGUCCUCUUGGGGCUCACACACACCCGGACAACUAACUGACACAUGAAACCUUGGAGCAAAUACUGGUCACUACUCGCUGGCACCAGGCAAGAGACUUGGGGGCAUUUGCACUGAUAGAGGAAUAGUCAGCCUCUGAGCCAGACUGAAUGAGCAGGUGCGCAGCAUGCACCUAGCAUGACCUGGUGAUAUUAGGGGCUUGGUCUCAUACAGUCAUCCACUCCCUGCCCACCCUUCCAAAGAAAGUGUCCUGAUUUUCACACUUGCUACUUGCUCUCAGCUAGCCCUGAGCCAUGCCAGAACAACGAGGUACCUUGCCACAGCGUCAAAACAUUUCUUCAGGCCAGGAAAUGUGUGGUGUCUUUCAAAAUUUUAAAAAAAAUAAAUAAAUAAAGCUUAAUCAUGCCAGUGGAAUGGGGAUCUGGCUAGUUGGCACUGGAGAGACCUUGAAGAGAUUAGGCGUAAUGACUGUUGGCUGGCCAGGCCUUUGUCAGGGCAUGUUCAAAUGUUAAUAUAGUGUGAAUCCCCUUUGCUUUAGCCAAUUUCACUCCUUGUUCCUAGUGCCUCAGAAGCCACCUGUUAUGUUCUGGUUUUCUUUGCCAGGUGGCUUUGAAGGUUCUGGCAUAGAACAGCGAAUGGCCCGGCUGGGAUUUCUUGUCGGGGGAAAAAUAUUUUAAUGAUUUGGGCUAUUUUAGUGAACACCUUAAGAACACAAAAGCACCAAAGCCCCUAAGCAAGAUAUCUCCUGGCAUUUACCAUACCUUUGGAAAUAUCAUUUGUCAACUGUCUAUGCAACAGCGUUUCUCCCCAUCCCAAGUAUCAGUCUUAAAGCUUUUGGCGCACUUCUAACCAAGAUGAAAGCAUGUACACAUUGUACGUUCUUUUCCGAUACAUGCAUGUGCACUUCCAUGGAUAUGCAUUUCCAGUCUGGAAUCUAGAAAGCUGCCUGCUGGCAACUGCCCUUAAUACAGCCAAAUAUGGGGAGCCCAACUGGAAAAUAAUGGAAACUUUAUACUUUAUACAUAGACUUGAAUGCUGAGGUUUCCCCUCAUUCCCUCAGAGCAUCCUCAUAUCCCUAAUGGAGCCACAAAACUUCAACUUUUCUCUUCCUUUUUACACUCAUGUUGAAAUCACAUCCUUUCAACUAAGCCUGAGAUGAUAUUUCCCUCAUACUCCACCUAUGCCAGAGCAGCAGCCACGAGGGGGAGGUAGGGGCAGCUGCUGGAUCGUGAGACAUGUGGCACUGUGGCUGGCUGAACUACCUCCCAUAAGACUCCUGCGUUCCUCCCAUCCUGGAAAAUGAGCUUAGACACCGAACACCAGACAGUGCUACAGAGAAAUGAGCCUCUGCACCUUCUUCUGGAGCAGCAGUCCCCAAAGUGUGGGGCACACUCCUAGCAUGGCAACAUUUAGGGUGUCUGGAGCUUGUACCUGGGCCAACAUCCACAAGAACAGGGAGUGCUCCCACUCAGUUCUGCUCCCACUCCAAGCUAUGGCCCAGUCUCCGUCCUACCCCGACCACAUCCCCCACUCCCAGAGCCAAAGGGGUACGGACAGAGAUUGAGGGGUAUGAGGUAAAAAGUGUGGGAACCAUUGCUAUAGAGGCUGCUGCACUGGCCUUGUAUUCUUACUUGCCCUGCUGGCGUGUCACGUGUUUCUCCAUCCAGUCCACUGAGCAUUUGGGCACCAAUCAGCCAGGCAUACUAAGCUGCAAUCAAUUCCACAUUACAGCCUGCACGGCAGCUAGAACAAGGGGCAACAGUAGGAAAGAUCUGCGGGUUCCACUUGUUUCCUUAUUGGUAUGAGUGCAGCACAGCGUGUAAGUGACUGCAGAGUUUAGCAUUCUUCAUGAUGUUGGUUUCCUGUACAGAGAGAACACAGCUCCAGUUGGGAGCAGAGAGAAGCAGGGGGACUAAAAAGGAUGAGACAGCACCCAGCAAAAGAAGAGGACCCUGCCCCAGCACAUGAAGAACUUGGUCACAUUUCAGAGACACCCCAAGAAUAACAGUUGGGGGGGAAGGGAAGGUGUUAGUAUGUAAACGUACAGUGCGUGUCUGUGUGUAGCAAGGAAUUGGGAGCAGCUACAAUCCCUUGCCGUGCAGCGUUAGGUAUUAUUAGUAGUGAACCCCACCCCCAGCAGUGCCUAUGUGGACAAUUGAAGGACCCUAGCACCAAGCCCCCAACCCAACAAUGUGUUUUUUUCCCUACGAAAAAACACUUUAUCCACCCAGCAAGGCCUAGCUGACGUCUAACAUGCCACCUCAGCCAGGCCCUUAUCUGACUCGCUCUCCAGGAGACAUGUUCUUGCUACAUAAAUGGUUUUCUGGAGACACAACCAGUCCCUUUAAAAAUUUGCAACAGGCUGCUAUCUUGGUACCAGGGGCACUCACUGCUUCUUUCACUAGUAAAAGUGACAAGAGGGAUGACUAGCUGUUGGCUGCCGCCUGCUACGUGAGAGAGGAUACUGUGAUUAAAAACUUCCUGUCCCCCCGAGGAAGCCAGCUAUUAUAAUUUCAUCCCUAGGGUGUGCUUGCUUGUUCUUCUGAUUGCUCCACAUCUCAGUGUCUCCAUCACAAACUGCUCCUCCACAGUGAGAAGUCUGCUCUCUAUGGUGCUGUUUAUUCCAACAACCCCCGUGCAAAUGAGAGGGAGAAGGUGAGGGCUGGGAUGGGGGUGGGGGUUGUUUUGAAAACAAUGCCCUCUCGUCAGCAAAGUUUUGAAGGAAAAUGAACAUGCUUGGCUCAGAAUGGCAAACGGGAGAGACACCAGAAUGACUUCAUUUUCACCAUCGCUAUCCCUCCCAAAGUGACAUGUGGUUUACUGAGCAACAAAGCCAUAUACCUGUACCAGACAUCUUGUCUCCGUUUAGGAUAAGACUAAACAUGAGCGCCUGUUCUCCUGGUAUGGAUCCUAACUACCUUCUGUGCACAGUCUCUACCAUGCACAGAGAAGACAGCCAACCUCCUCACCACCUUUGGGCAUACAGAUGAUUAUUUGCACUUUUUGGUCAUAGGUGGGUUUCAUUUUUUAUUUUUAACAACUGUUGCUUUAUUGUGUUCUUAUUUAUAAGCCCAAGCUCCAUGGGGGGAAAUAAAUGAAAUUCAACAGAUAGUGCAGCUUGCUCUCUUUAUUUUACUAUGGCUUUGCCAAUCAUUACAAUAAUGUUCUUGAAUAACAGUAAGUCUCAUUGUUCUAGUCUCAUUGGCUCCCCUUUCUCUACAGACCACAAUAAGCAGCACAGGCAGCCAUUCCAUCCUAUCCAAACCUCUUCUAUUAAACUCAUCGACUUCCCAAUCAUCUCCUAGCACCUACUCUCCAACUCUCCUCCCAACCUUGGCUUUGCAGUUUGUGCCUUGUGUUUCCUGUAUGCCAAGCAGCAGCUUUCACCACCUUCAGACCCAUUUCUUCCAGGAGUUUGUCCUGUGUGGCUGUCUUCACUGUCCUGUGUGGCUGUCUUCACUAUCCCUCCCUCCCUCAUCUGCAUUGCUGUCCAUCUUUUUGUCUUGUCCAGCUGGGCUGUAAACUUUUCAGGGCAAAGAACAGCCAUCUCUGCUCUGCUCUUUGUAAAUCACUGGAUUCACUUGUGGCUUUUUAGUAACAUGUAACUAAUUAUAUUAGUUAGAAGGCACCUAUAAUUAGGAAGCGUGUAACCUUUUAAUUAAUUCCCAAAUACUAUCACCUUGUUAAAGAUAAGGGCACAAUAAAACCUAAUUUUGUUUUCAGGUUCAAGCUUCUAAGUCAGUUACAGAAAAGGUAUUUAGGAGAGGACCACUAGGAAACACGUUAGUGAUAGAACUGAACUUUAUUCAAAAGAAAUGUGGUUAGUUAGCCAGAAAGGCAUGCAAUUACCACGUACAAAUAUCCACACUCACAGAUGAAAUGGUGUAUCAAUGGGUGAUCUAUGCAGUGACAAAAAUGAAGUACAAGCUUGUAACCCUGGAACACUCCACUUAGGAUGGCAUUCCCGUGCAACUGGCAGAACUACUUUUCACACUGCAUUAUAUUACUAAUUAACAUUAAACUCUCUCCUAUUAUAUUUCCACCACCUUCUUAUUGGCUCUUUACAUUACACAUUAUUGAUAUUAACAUAUUCAUCAACGUCCUUCCCACAGUAUCAGUAUAGGUAGCAUUUUAAUAAAACAUCUACAAUUCUUAAGAAAUACUCAUUAAAAACUUGUGUAAACUAGUUAUAACCACUAGUUAAAACAUAAUGGUCAUGUCUUGGCUAAUUCUUACAUUCCCUUAAUUCACUGUCUCCAACUUAUUGUUAACUUCUCACACUAGUAACUUCUUUUCCCCACAUUCCUCUAUGCUUGGGUCUCACAAUAAACGUCUACUUACUUAAGAGUUGAUAGGCUACAGGUGCAAUGAAUUUAAAAGAAGGCAACUCUAAAAUGUCUGGGUAUUUAUAGAUAAAUUGUAUGCUCUAACAAAAAUAAAGAUUUAAAAAAAAUAAUUGAAAAUUACCAAGAAACAAAUGAUUUAAAGGCAAAAGUCCCUACCCAGAAUCAGCCUUGAUUAAACAAUUU